AUGGCCAUCAAGGGCAACUCUGGCGAGUACAAGGCGCGGAGCCCGCUGGGCAUGGUGAUCGCCGUCCUGCUGUGCUGCUUCUUCUACGUGCUCGGCGCGUGGCAGCGCAGCGGCUACGGCAAGGGUGACAGCAUCGUGGUGGCGGUGACCCGGCAGACGGCCUGCGCCAAUUCAAAAAAAAAAAGCCUCACCGUUGAGAAGGCCGUCCAGAACUGGGUCCAGUACGAGGGCGCCGUAUUCCGUUUUCCCGGCGGCGGCACCCAGUUCCCCCACGGCGCCGACAAGUACAUCGACCAGCUCGCCUCCGUCGUCCCCUUCGCCGACGGCUCCGUCCGCUCCGUCCUCGACACCGGCUGCGGCGUGGCGAGUCUCGGCGCAUACCUAGACUCCCGUGGCGUGAUGGCCAUGUCGUUCGCACCGCGCGACUCGCACGAGGCGCAGGUGCAAUUCGCGCUGGAGCGCGGUGUGCCGGCCUUCAUCGGCGUCCUUGGCUCCGUCAAGCUCCCAUUCCCUCCAAGAUCCUUUGACAUGGCGCACUGCUCCCGGUGCCUCAUCCAGUGGUCCGGCAACGGCGGGAUGUACAUGAUGGAGGUGGACCGGGUGCUCGGGCCGGGCGGGUAUUGGGUCCUCUCCGGCCCGCCGAUCAACUGGAAGGCGAAUCACAGGAAGUGGCAGCGCACGGAGGAGGACCUGGGAGGCGAGCAGAAGAGGAUUGAGGAGUACGCGCAGAUGCUCUGCUGGGAGAAGGUCACCGAGAUGGCCGAGAUUGGCGUGUGGCGCAAGCGGACGGACACGGCAGCGUGCCCGGCCAUGCCGCCGGCGGUCCAGGCCUGCGACCCGGCAAAUCCCGACGACGUCUGGUACAAGAACAUGGAGACGUGCAUCACGCCGUCCACCACUGCCGCCGGAGGAGAACUGCAGUCGUUCCCGGAACGGCUGAAGGCCAUCCCGCCACGCAUAAGUUCUGGCGCCGUCCAGGGCUUCAUCGUGGAGUCGUACGAGGAGGAGAACCGACGGUGGGAGAGGCAUGUGAAGGCAUACAGGAAGGUUAACUACAAGCUCGACACCAAGCGGUACCGGAACAUCAUGGACAUGAACGCCGGCGUGGGCGGCUUCGCGGCGGCGAUCUUCUCCCCCAUGUCCUGGGUGAUGAACGUGGUGCCCACCGCCGCCGAGCUCUCCACCCUCGGCGUCAUCUAUGAGAGGGGUCUCAUUGGCAUCUAUCAUGACUGGUGUGAAGCAUUCUCUACCUACCCAAGAACCUAUGACCUCAUCCAUGCCAACGGAGUAUUCAACAUCUAUAGGGACAAGUGCAAGAUGGAGGACAUCAUGCUGGAGAUGGACCGGAUUUUGCGCCCUGAGGGCACGGUGAUCCUCCGGGAUGACAUCAACGUCCUGCUGCGGGUGGACAAGGUGGCGACGGGGAUGCGGUGGAAGACGAUGAUGGCAAACCACGAGGACAGCCCGCACAUCCGAGAGAAGGUGCUCUACGCUAUCAAGCCCUACUGGACCGCCGACAGCGACAAAAGCUCCCAAGACCAAGAGAAGAAGGCAACCUCUUCUAAGGGCAAGGGCUCAGACUCAGAGCCAUGCCCCCACGCCGCCGCUACUACACGAUCCAGCACCGUCUCUUCCUCCUUGAGCAGGCCCGGAUCUGUAGGGAAGCGAGGGUACCUCUGGAACUGGAGGAGGAUUUCAAGGAGGUUGAGGAGGAGGUGCCGGUGGAGGAGGAAGAGGAGCAGGAGCAGGAGCCGUGCGAAGGACAAGCAGGAGCCGGCGAAGGAAGAGGAGGAGGCACCGCCGCUGAAUGUGGGGGAGGAGGAGGCGCCGAUGAUGGAGGAGGACGUGGGCGUGUGGCCGGAGCAGCAUGCCAUCCUGAAGUCCAUCCGCUUGGAGUCGGCUGCGGAGGCCAGGCGUCGCUGUCGGCAACAAAUGGAGGCGGCACAGGCUCCAGCCAUCACCGACAACGACGAAAUUUGA